GAAAGGUCCUCGACAUUUGUUACACCAUCACCGGCCUGUUCCAGCACCGCGAUUCUCAAAGUUCUUCAGACAUGCGCUCCUCACUCGUUGCCCUUGCCAAAGCUCGCAGUAUCCGCCCUCCGCCGCCCGCUCUUCUUACAGCAAUCCCUCUGUACCGCAAGAUUCUGCGGGCGCAUCGUCGCCUUCCAGUUGAGCAAAGAUUACUUGGAGAUUCUUAUGUGAAACAGGAGUUCAGGUUGCACAAAGACGUAGAUAAUCCUGCCUACGUUAUCGGUUUCUUGUCGUCCUGGCAGGCUUACUGCCAGGACAUUGAAGGCGACAGAUGGCUGACUGCAAAGAUUGAUCAGCACAAAGUAGCCAAGCUCUCGAAUGAACAAUACGGACAGCUUUAUGAACUUAUGAAGGCAAGCACGGGGCAAGAGGAUGGUAGCCUGGAGGACAUUGGUGCAGAGGAGAUCGACAUCAAGAAGAACUAAAUUUGUGAUGCGACGUUACAACUUGUACGAUAUAUUGAACGAGCGUGGAUCGUGUGACUGUUAAAUCGGCAAUCGUCAUAUCAUUUCAUUAUAUUGCUAUCAGGAUAUUGGGUAGAGACGUCGUU